AUGGAUGCAAAACCAGUUGAUGAUCCUCCACAUUCAACAGAAAAAUAUGAUGAAGGUGCAUUAUUACCUGAACAACAAACGAAAAUUAAUGAACUAAAGAUAAAAAAACGUAUUGAAAAUGAACGUUAUCUUCAAAAACAUCCAGAAUUAAAUAUUUUAUGUCGAGAUUUUAUUCGACAAGCUUGUCUUCAAAAACCUAGUGAUAUCCGUCAAUUUGCAGCAGGUUAUUUUACUCAUCCAAUGUUAGAAAAACGUAUUGACAAAUUAAUUAAUGAACAAAUUGAAAGUGUCAAUUCAGAUAUAAAAGUUAUUUCUGAAGGAAUAUUUCAACGUUAA